AUGAAUACAGAAUGUCUCGCAGAAGGCGACUACGAUGUCUUUUGCCCUCGAGGAGAUAUCAAAUUGACAGAGGAGACUUGCGUGCGACGAAUCUUUUCCCUUAGCCGAAGCGGUCGAGGAAAUGAUUCUUUUCGGGAUUCUGUGCGGUCACGAGAUGGUAAAUGUGUUUUGACUGGGGUAGUCAACACUGACGAUGACUGGGCCGGCAUUGAAGCGGCGGACAUCUUCCCUGUGGAUCGCGAGGGACUUUUGCCCCAGCGUAAUUUCAACCACUCAAUCAACUCAGUACAGAACGGCCUGUUAGUCUCGGCAACCAUGCACCAGCUAUUCGAUAGCUACCUUGUUUCCGUCAACCCAGAUAUCACAGAUUUUGGAGGUAAUAAAUGGGACGUCGAUGGUCGAGUACUGGAUAUCGUGUGUCGAGAUCCUAACAACCCCAUCCGUGUCGCAGAUGAAUUGCUUCGUUGGCACUUCUGCCAGUCAGUGCUUGCCAACAUGAAGGGAGCUGGCGAACCCAUCUUUGAGCACGAUUUUCCUCCAGGUACUGAAGUGGUCGGAGAAAUCCUCAUAGGGCCACUUCCGGCUGAGCGCAUGGAAUUGGAGCUUUUUUCUCGGUUACAGGGAGCUUCGCAAGAGGACAAUGAAAAUGAAACUAUCUAA